AUGGUUAUAGAUCAUAUUAGCUAUGCGGUGUCGGAUACUGAAGGAGAUCAUACAUUGAUUGCUUGUUUUAUUAAUUCUAAGGCUCCUGUGCUUUUUGAAGGGGUUGCACAUACGGUAAAUGCUGCAAAUAGCUUGGUAUUAAAAGUUAUUUCGGCUUCUCCAGCUGCAUGUUCUGCUAACCCCAAGUCUGCGAUGUCAAGUCCUCCAGAACUCACUGGUUCUGCAAUCUCUUUAAUCUCUGGGGUGCAGAAGCCAGGGAGCUCAACCAAACAUGUGAAAUCCGGAAAUGAGCAGUUCUUGACUGAACUCAACAAAUGGAUUUUCCAUGAUGGAGGUCAUCUUAAGGCUGUAGAUGUAAGACACCACGAAGUUGGGGAAGCUGAUGAACCUGCAAUUUACAGGAUCAAAGAUGAAUUGGAAUACUCUGUUGAAAUAUAUGUGUGGUCUGGAGCAAGCUGUGAACCAUAUGUGGCAGAUGAUGUUCAAGUGCAGUUUUACAUGAUGAGCCCCUAUGUUUUGAAAACCUUGUCAACAGAUACAAAAGGUCUGUAUUUCACAUCUUUCAAGGUUCCAGAUGUGUAUGGGGUUUUCCAGUUCAAGAUGGAGUGCCAAAGACUUGGUUGUUCAAGCUUAUCCCUAUCAAAGCAGGUAAUUAAAUUUCUUCUCCUACUUCAUGGUUAGCAUUUUUUAUGACACCUUUGGUUUGGAACCCCUUUUAACCAUUAAUGUGAACUUUUUAAUUUUAAUUCCCUUGGCAAUUCAGAGGGAAACAAUAACUCUAAUGCUUUAUUGUAAGGCGCAAAAUCCACCUGCAUGGAUUUAACUAAGCAAUCAAUGAACAUUAAUGGAUGGUGCCAAAAGUUCAUGUGAUAAUUUACAAGUGCGUGUAUAUAAUGUUAUGGGAGAGUCCAUAAUAAUAACUGAUUUUUAAAGUUAGCAUUUUAAAUUACAGAUUCUUCAAAAAGGAAUUUCUAAUUGAUUGGACUAAAGGCUUCUGCAGUGGUGUGUGAUGCCUUUUUCAUAAUCAUCUGGUCUUGUUCAUGUGAAACCUGCAUGCCUUCUUUGAUCUCUGCUGUAUUUUUUGACUUUCAUUGCAUAAUAGGUGGUUGCUUGGGAUCUUGUUAACUUAUAACAAGGCAGGACGAACAAAGUACGUGCACCUUUGCUUAUACUUUUCUUCAUGCAUCUUUUUCAUAUGUUGCCUAGCUACCGGUUGAAGUUAUAGUUAAAAAGGGGAAAAUAAAUGGCACAGUAGCUUGAAAUCUUGCCAACUUAAUCAAAUUCAUUACAAACCUCUUAAGUUCAACAAUACUGACAAUUUGUAUUUCAUUUAUAUUCAGUAUUAUAGUCUGCUGAGUAUUGAAUAAGUACAGUGUCUUUUUCUGCUAGAGCUGCUAUUGUUGAUGCCGUGGGUUUUUGAAAAUUGAAUUGCAUAUUCCAGUCCGGCCCUAUAGACAUAAUGAAUAUGAGAGAUUUAUACCAGCAGCUUACCCCUGCUAUGGAGCUGCAUUUUCUAUGGUAUUGCUCCUCUCUAAACCACUCUUAGCCAUUUUCAUUUUUAAAACCCUGCCAUCAAAGUCAUUUUAUCUGUUACAUCACUGGAGUUUAGGUUAUAGACCCCUUCAGGUCGUCUGCCAGUACUCGUCUUUUUAGAAUCUGGGAUAUUAGUCUUUGAACUUCUCAUUAACCAUUCAUAUCCUUAACCACAUAUUACUCCUUCUUGGUUGGGCAAUGGAAGUUGAUAUGAUGAGCAUUUUGGUAUUCACCCCUGGCUUGGUUUAACGUGGACUGGGCCUAAGCUGGAUCUUUAUUCAAUAAUUCUCUUCAGACUUGCUUAUUGAUUUGUCCAAGAAUAGCUCUUUAUCAAACCUAGUUAAGCUUGUUCUUAAUAUAGAAUCUAUCAUUUCCUCCAUGGAAAGAUUUCUGUUGCUGUGCUGGUGUCAAUGCUUGAACCCUAGUUGCUAAGAUUUGGAACCACAAUACCCAGGGACUAUUGGUUUCCUCCAUACAAAGGUAUGGGCAUCAUAUUGAAAAUGCAACCUGUCUUGCUUGGAGGGAGCAAGGGAUUUAUCUCUGCAUUAGUUUAAAAGAUCCUGGGUCUGCUGGGUUCCAAAAUAUACGUUCUUGUUAAUAUUUAUGUUGUUGCUUGACUUGUUAGCUUCUUGUGGUUUAAACAAGUUGAAUGAAGUCAAUUAGCUAGUUUACAAGCCAAACUUUGAGUUGUUCGUAUGUAUUUUUUUUUGCUUGAGAAUGCUAUAUGACUGGCCUUCCGUGACACACAGAGGUAGAGAAGAGGGGGAGGGAGAGAAAUUGAAAAGAAGGAACAUUAUGGGUUGGAAUUGUUUAUAAGCAAUGGCAUUGAUAGAUAAUUACAAUCUUGAUGCGUCAUUGAUUGAAUGGUCAAAGAAUCACUUGGUCGCUCGUGUUAUGGGUUCAUGGCAGACGACAACUUAAUUAGUAUACCUCUUAAUUCUGAAAAAAUUUCUCUGUUUUUCCA